CAUCAUGACUCAAAAACGACGUAAUAACGGCCGUAGUAAGAAAGGGCGAGGCCAUGUGAAGCCUGUCCGCUGCACAAACUGUGCGAGAUGUGUCCCUAAAGACAAGGCCAUCAAGAAGUUUGUGAUUCGUAACAUUGUGGAAGCCGCAGCUGUCAGAGAUAUCACUGAGGCUAGCGUGUAUGAAGUGUACGGACUGCCAAAGCUAUAUGCUAAGCUGCUGUACUGUGUGUCUUGUGCCAUUCACUCCAAGGUAGUGAGGAACCGAUCGCGCGAGGCCCGUAAAGAUCGUACACCACCUCUCCGUUUUAGACCCAUGAGGCCUGGAGAUGGUCCACCCAGAAUGGCACCCAAGUCGUCGUAGGGGGCAAAAAUAACCUUAUUUCUCGUUUCUUGUAAAAGAUAAAUGUCGUACAAAUACAUCCUGUACUGAGAGAAAUGGAA